CUUUGUUACGACUGUCAUUUGUCAAAAUGAAAACAGUGAGGUUAUAAUAGAGAAAAAUCAUUCUAUUUUUUGUUAGGAAUAUAUUUUUGUUAAAUUAGUUGUAGCUAACAGACUGUCUAUUACCUGUAGCAAAAGAUGAAUUUCUUGCGAAGAGGUUUAGCGCAGCUUUCUCUUGGUAUCAAGGCACAAUGUAAACAAAUGACAGCACCCCCAUCGGCGCCUGCACCAGUGGCACCAGUGGCCGCAGGAUCAGUAUGCCAGCCGGUGGGGAUGGUCACCAGGGCCAUGGCCUCGCUCAACCAGAUGCACAGAACUGGCCCCCACAUCAAGACCAGGAAGUCUAGGAAUCCUCUUAACGGAAACCCUUUUGCUAAGGGCGUAGUACUAAAAACCUUGAUAAAGAAACCAAAGAAGCCGAACUCAGCGAACCGCAAGUGUGUACUGGUGCGGCUCUCCAACGGCAAGGAGAUGGUCGCCUACGUGCCGGGCAUCGGCCACAACCUGCAGGAACACAACAUCGUGCUCGUCAGGGUCGGCAGGUUGAAGGAUUGUCCUGGUGUGAAGCUGAAGUGUGUCCGCGGCAAGUACGACCUGCCGCACGUCAUCAAGCAGAAAGUGUAGUGUCGUGUUGUUAGUGUCAUGUCGUGUCGUGUCGUGUCGUGUCGUGCCAGUGCUCUUAGAACAAUAUACCACGUAGUUUAAGAUA